AUGAGUGGUAGGAAGUUCCUCAGAAUCUCCCGGGCACUUCACCUCAGUAGCUUGCUGGCGGAUGCUGCUAACGAGAAGAACAGAGGCACAGCAGACUUCGACCGACUCUGCAAAAUCAAACCGAUCUACGAGGACAUAAGAAACGCCUGCAAAAGGAAUUAUCACCCGAGCCAAGAUAUUUCCAUCGAUGAGCGCAUGGUUGCCUCCAAAGCCCGCAUUGGACUGAAACAGUACAUGAGGAACAAACCUGUUCGCUGGGGUUACAAACUCUUCGUUCUGGCGGACUCCAGGAACGGUUAUACAUGGGACUUUUUUGUCUAUCAGGGGAAGUUACAGGGAGUUACUGGCAAGGGGCUGAGUUACGAUUCUGUUAUGACGCUCAUUGACACACCAUUGCUGGGAUCGGGCUACAAGCUCUUUGUGGACAAUUUUUAUACAAGUCCCAUCCUUUUCCGCGACCUCCUUCAGAAGAGGAUUUGGGCGUGUGGAACCAUCCGCACAAACAGAAUUGGUUUCCCAAAAAGCAAAGUCAACGCUCUGGUCUCGAAGUCUCCCUGUGGCAGUAUCCGUUGGAUCAGGAAGGACUCCCUCCUCUUUGUCCGGUGGCGAGACACGAGGGACGUCUCCAUGUGCUCAACACUCCACACGGCACAUGCAGAGGAGACAGUGCAGAGGAGAGUCAAAGGUGCAGAUGGGCAGUGGUCAUUGAAGAACAUCCCGGUUCCACCAGCAGUGAAGGAAUACAACAGGUUUAUGGGUGGAGUGGACCUCUCUGACGCCCUGAUAGGGUAUUACAAAGUCCUCCACAAGACGAUGAGGUGGUACAAGACGUUCUUCUAUCACUUCAUGGACAUCGGGAUAGUGAAUGCCUUUCUCCUCCAAAAAGACCUUGCACGAGGUAGAGGAAAGUUACCUAUGGCCCAGAAGACUUUCAGAGAGACCCUCAUCAUGGAGCUGGCAGAGGCGGGAUCUCCCACCACAGCGAGAACCGUACCACCUCCUGCUCCAUUCACAACACACCACAGGAUGGUUUAUAUCUCUGGGCACAGCACCAAUGGUCGGCUGAAGUGCAGGCUGUGCCAUGCAAAGACACCAACGAAGUGCCCCGCCUGCGAUGUGUCUCUGUGUUUUUUACCCAGUCGCGACUGCUACAAUGCCUGGCAUGUUGCCAAAAACCUGUGA